CAUGUUUAAAGAAUGGUUAGUCUUUUUCUUUAGGCAUAAACAAAUAUGGUGGAAAUGAGUGUAAAAAAUAUUAGAAAAACCUUUGGUACUUCCCUUUCCCCAGGCAAACUAAUGCACAUCUUUUCCCCACUCGAGAAUUUUACUUGUGCCCUUGUUAGCAAAUGAACCCUGUACUUUUUAUGUAACAGAAUCUAUAAUCAUAUACCGGUACUACUAUUUUACUCCCUCUUUUGACAGCUGACUGUAUCCAAGACCUUAUGGCUCUUUUCAUCCAGGCCUUUACACUGCAGUGUAGUCAAACAAAGCAUGGAAGUCUAUCCAUGCCCAGAGAAGUAUAGACAAGGAGGUGACGUCCGGCCAGUGGUGGUCCUCUUUGGAUGGCUUUUGGCCAAAAGCCGUCAUCUUCAUAAAUAUGGUGAGCUGUAUCAUCAAUAUGGGGCUGAUGUCAUUACUGUAAAACUUGAAGUUACGGAGGUUUGUAAAAUAUGAUUUUGAGUGUUAGCUACAUUACAAUGGAUUGGUGUCAGUAUUUGAGCAACUGCAUGCCCACCCCUUUUCUUACCCCAAAACAGUCAGCUGAUAACAAAGAAAUCUUAAUUUUGGGUUAGGGGAGGGGUGCGUGUUACAGUACGCCUAUUACAGUACGUCUAUUUAAGAUCGAAUGAUUUGUCAGAGCGAUGUACCCGCCCGAGUCUUGUCACGUUGGUGGGCGUUCAUUAUAUCGAAAACAGUUCAGCCGAUGAUAGGAUAAAUACCACACGAGUGUGCUAAACACUAUUUUAUUUAUUCCUGGAAAUCACGUCCUUGAAUAAGUAAAUAGAGAAAAAUUCUUGCCCUCGAUCAGGGACCGUUCAUAGAAAACAAAACUCGCCCAGCCAAGCAUACCCCCAUCCCUUGCCGUGUUGACUGAAGCUCAUACGCUCUUUAGCCCCCCUCGUUCCCCCUAGCCUACCACUCAAAAAUCUGCUGCUGAUUUAAGAAAUUUACUUGAUUUCCAGUAAGAAGAAUUUUCUGAAUGGUAGGAAGUACUCGUAAUUCCUGGGAAUAAGUCUUCAUUCUUCGGUCCUCGAGUGAUCUAGCAACUAAAAAGAAAAAAAAAGAAAAAAAAAGAAAAGAAAACCUUCCACUCUUCCCGAAACUCACACAAUCCCAUACAAUUGUGCAUAAAAUUUAGCUUGCGUUUAGCAAAAAUUUCGAAUAUCGGGCUUUUAAUAAUGAUAAAUGAUUUCCUCCUUUUUUCAUUUCCCGAAGCUCCCCAUCCUAGCUUAACUUCCACUCGCUUGAUAACGAAUAUUCUCCGAUAAUGCCCUUGAAAAGGGAAUCGAAAAGAUACUCUCUCGUUUAGCCCAAUUAACUGAUGGCCCUAAAGCCUCACACCACCAGCCUCGCUCGGCUUUUUAUCGGAGGUCUGCGUCCAACAAUUUCCCGCCACUCUUCUUCGCGCGAUGACGCGGGUUGAAAAGCCCGGGAAAAUAUCUGUGAGGCGGCACUCGAUUGAAUCAAAGGAAACAAAAUUUAUUCAGUUUAUCAUGCCCUCCAAUCCAAAGAAAGGAAAGGCUAGCGCUCUUAAGUGCACAGAAAAUCUAAAGGAGUUUUACGAAAAUGAAGACGAGUUCAAAUUCUCUGAAGCAAAACCUGAACAACAGCAACAAAAACCUGAACAGGUGGUCAAGGCAAAAAAGAGACAGGCUGCUACACCUGCUUCGGAGUUCCAAGAUUCUGAUCCCGAAGAUGAUGAAUAUGACAAGGGCGGAAGUGAUCUUGAGAUGCAAGGAAUGUUGAACAGCUUUGGAGCUGACAUAACAAAGACGUUAGCAGCCAAACGCAAGAGAAUUCAAACCUUCACACAAGCCUCAAUGAAGGCAAGCAGUCGAAAGUUUGAGGAGGUGUGGCGUUCACAGCAGCACGAAAGAAGCACUCAUUAUGAUGAAUUCAGCAGACAGGUUAUGAAUGUGCUCAACCAGUGGGAAACAGAUUUGCAAAAGACAAGAGAAGCAGAAGAGAAGUUAGAGAAUCUGUACAAACAGCAACAAAAGCUGUUCCAGCAGCAACGCAUUGUACAGAGUCAAAGACUCAAACGGGUACGUCAGCUUCAUGAAGAACAUACUAAGAACAUGCAACAAAUGCAGAGAAGUCACGAGUCCCAACAAGUUAGUGUCCAGGAGCAACUUCGGAAGGAGAUCAACAUCUUGCAAAAAAAGAUCCUGAUGGAUACGCAACAACACGACUUUUCAAGUGUGCGGAGGUCUCUUCAAAGCAUGUUAGCACAAGUAUAGAUUUCUACACGCCAGAUGUUUUGAUGUCAAAGGACGUGGGAUUCUGUUUUUGAAUACUAUUGAAAUACGAUUAUCACUUUUAACUAAUAUGAUGGGGCUUUUUAGAGUAUGCUAUCUAUAUUUUUUUUAUGAUGCUACAUAUCAUUCUUGACCUGCAAACUUUAAAAUCAGGGUUAUUUAUUGAUUGUCAACAUGAUCUGCUUAACCAAGUUAUUAUAGAAAGUAAUCUUGUUGAAAUAAAAAAAAAUUUAUUCA